UUUUAUAAUUGUCCAGGAAUAACCUUGAAUAAUAAACGUGGCUUCCUCGGCUAUUUAUAAUUCUCCUCCCAAUCCAACCGUUCCAACUCGUUUCAACUCGCCUUUCCGCCAAAAAAGAUAUCUAAUUUGAUUGGAGAGAGUCAGCUCAGAUCUGGCUCGCUACCUCGCCUGAUCAAUUAAAGGGAGCCACCUCUGGCACUGAGAGAUGGCGAUACUUUACGCUUUAGUGGCUCGAGGAUCGGUGGUGCUGGCGGAGUACAGCGCCACCGCCACCAACGCAAGCACCAUCUCCAGACAGAUACUCGAGAAGAUUCCGGGCAAUAAUGAUAGCCACGUGUCCUAUUCUCAAGAUCGCUACAUCUUUCACGUCAAACGCACCGACGGUCUCACCGUUCUAUGUAUGGCUGAUGAUUCCGCCGGAAGAAGAAUUCCUUUUGCAUUUCUUGAAGAAAUUCAUCAGAGGUUUGUAAGGACUUAUGGUCGUGCUGUUCAUUCAGCACAAGCUUAUGCCAUGAAUGAUGAAUUUUCAAGGGUAUUAAGCCAGCAAAUGGAAUACUACUCAAAUGACCCAAAUGCAGAUAGGAUAAAUCGACUAAAAGGUGAAAUGAGUCAGGUACGAAACGUUAUGAUAGAGAAUAUUGACAAAGUUUUAGAGAGAGGUGAUCGUUUGGAAUUAUUGGUCGAUAAAACUGCUAAUAUGCAAGGAAAUACAUUCCGCUUCAGAAAGCAAGCUCGUCGUUUCAGAAGCACUGUAUGGUGGAGAAAUGUUAAGCUCACGGUUGCACUUAUUCUGCUUAUCCUGGUGAUUAUUUAUGUUGUUUUGGCUUUCGUUUGUCAUGGGCUUACUCUACCGUCCUGCCUAAAGUAAGGAUUUCCAUCAAGUAAGAUUUGAACGCAUGUUCCAUUUUCUUUUCAAAAACAUUUCUUUGGUUCUCCCUCUGUUCUGCCCUUUCUUUUUGGGCAAAUGGGAUUUUUCUGUUCCAGCUUCCUCUGCUGCAAUUUGUUUCAAGGGUUUCUUUAAGUUAUAUGAAUUGGUGAAGUUCUUGAAAACUGUCUCUGAGUGUGUGUACUUUGUGUGAUUGUGGCGCAUGGAGAUUCAAAUUAGUUUAUGUUGUAUGGCUUGGUAAAGGUGAAAUCUAUGAAAGACUCAAUUUUUUUGGUAUAAA